CUGUGAACCAAAGGUGCCUUCCUUCAAAAACAUUCCAGCAAAGAAUCUUAUCUCCAUCAGGAAAAUCAUAUUUCAAUUCGAAGAAGAAGCAAACAACAUGUCGACGGGUAUGGGGAAUUUCUUACGGAAGUUGGGAAGUGGUAAAAGCAAGAGCAGUAGAAGUUUUAGGGGACAGAGAACAACGUCGUCUUCUGUAUCAUUAGAUGAACCAUCACCGUCUGAUGCUUCAGUCUCAGUUUCCGACAAGAUCAACGCCGCCAAGAAGAAGUACGCUCUCAUCCCUGAUCGUUUCUCUUCCUUGGACCAGGUAUCAAAAGCACUAAGAGAAGCUGGUCUUGAAUCAUCAAAUCUCAUUCUCGGAAUUGAUUUCACAAAGAGCAACGAAUGGACUGGGAAAACAUCCUUCCAAGGAAAAUGUCUGCACGCUCUUGGAGAAACUCCAAAUCCAUAUGAAAAGGCAAUAUUUGUAAUAGGCCAAACGUUAGCUCCUUUCGACGAAGACAACCUCAUCCCUUGUUUCGGCUUUGGUGACUCAACGACCCAUGACGAGGAAGUGUUCGGUUUCCACAGUGAUAACUCUCCAUGCCAUGGCUUUGAAGAGGUCUUAGCAUGUUACAGAAGAAUCGCACCUAACUUGCGUUUGUCAGGGCCAACGUCGUAUGGACCGCUUAUCGAUGCUGCCGUCGACAUUGUUGAAAAGAACAACGGACAGUUUCAUGUUCUGGUGAUUGUCGCUGAUGGGCAGGUAACUAGAGGUUUGGAUAUGCCCGAGGGAGAACUCAGUCAACAAGAGAAAACAACUAUAGACGCCAUUGUAAACGCAAGCUCAUAUGCAUUGUCGAUUGUUUUAAUCGGUGUUGGAGACGGUCCAUGGGAAGACAUGAGGAAGUUUGAUGACAAGAUUCCUAAGCGUGAGUUCGAUAACUUUCAGUUUGUGAACUUUACUGAUAUUAUGAAGAAAGACUCACCAGCGUCUGCCAAAGAAACUGCCUUUGCUCUUGCUGCUUUGAUGGAGAUUCCCUUCCAGUAUCAAGCAGCAAUCGAACUCGGCUUACUCGGGAAAACGACGGGCUUAGCCAAGAAAAUAAACCCAAGGCCACCACCUGUUCCUUACACGCCUCCAGUUCGCACUGGACAAGCAUCAUCUGAUUCAGACGAACAAACUCAGAACUGCCCUAUUUGUCUGACUAACCGAAAAGACGUGGCUUUUGGCUGUGGUCACAUGACUUGUGGAGAGUGUGGAUCCAGGAUAUCAAACUGCCCCAUCUGCAGAGUACUGAUCACAAGCCGGCUAAGACUUUACACGUGAUCUCUCUGUGCCUUUGCACAUAACAAAACCCUUGCACAUACUGUCUCAGGUUUACCAAGUGUCUCUGACAUUGUUCUGUAAUCAGAUUGUACCUAUUAAUUUCCUAUGUACUAUAUAUGUUAGCUUGCGAACAAGAAUGACAGAAGCAAUGUACAAAACAUGUGUAAUGUGUUUUACAUUUUUAUUCUCUGUCUAUCACAAAAUGUUUGAAGUGA